CGCCGUCCUUCCGUCAUGUCUUCCUCCUCCACGUCCUCGCAGGGCGUCGUCGAGCGCGUCCAGUCUUUCGUCUCCGAGAACAGGCGGGCGGUCCUCAUCGGCACUGCCGCCGCGCUCGUCGCCAUCGGCGGUGUUGCGUACUAUGCUUCCACGUCACGCGGGCCAGGAGCGGAUGGGGACUCGGAGAAGGGUGAGCGCAAGAAGGACAAGAAAAAGGGCAAGAAGCGCAAGACGACGAAGGACAAGGACGGGCCCAUUCUCGAGGAGCGUGCGCCGAAGGCGGAGGUGUCCGAGGAAGAGGAUGUCAUACUCUCGGCUGAGGACGUCGCUCGCAUGUCCACUGAGGAACGGUCAAAAGCAGCAGCCUCUUUGAAGGCGAGGGGCAAUGCCGCGUACUCGAGCCGCCAGUUCAGUACCGCCAUUGACUUGUACACGCGAGCGAUUGUCGUCACCCCCAAGCCCGAGCCUGUGUUCUACAGCAACCGCGCGGCAUGUUACAUCAACAUGAGCCCUCCAGAAUACGAAAAGGUCGUUGCGGACUGUGACGAGGCGCUCAAGCUCGACGCUAGCUACGUCAAGGCCCUGAACCGUCGAGCAACUGCUCUGGAGGCGCUGGACAAGAGUGAGGAGGCAUUGCGGGACUACACCGCGGCGACUAUCCUAAACAAGUUCCAAAAUGAGGCGGCAGCACAGUCUGUCGAACGGGUGCUGAAGAAGCUGUCGGGUAAGAAAGCCUCAGAGAUCAUUGCGGGUCGUGAACGGCGCCUUCCCUCACAUACAUUCGUAUCUGCGUACUUUGGAGCCUUCCGUACUCGUCAACUGCCCACCCUCCCCGAGACCCCUUCGCAAGGCGACCAAACUCUCCUUUUGUCCCUCCAGGCGCUCGCCGCUGGUGACUACACGCACUCGCUCAGCCUCGUCAACGAGGCGAUCGAGCAGAGCAUCUCGUUCGACGAGGGCAAGGCCGAGGCGCUCAACCUGCGCGGCACGUUCAAGUUCCUGAUGACGGACGUGACUGGCGCGAAGGAGGACUUCCUCGCAUCGAUCGACCUCCAGCCGUCCCUGACGCAAACAUGGGUCAAGAUCGCCAGCGUCUAUAUGGAGCAGGGCGAUCCCAAGAAGGCAUUCGAUUGCUUCGAGGAGGCGAUUAAGCACAACUUCGGACGAUCCGGACAUAUAUUACCACCGUGGGCAAGGCGGCUGCGGUUUGACGGAGACGCGUGGUUGCUGCUAGUUCUGUUCAUUAUGAACGAGUUCGAGGAGGCGGCGCAGAACUACACGAAGUCGACGCAGCUGGACGACCAGUUUGUGUUCAGUCACAUACAGCUCGCGGUGGCGCAGUACAAGGCGAACAACCUCGCGAACAGCAUGGCGACCUUCCGGCGGACGCUCAAGGCGUUCCCACAUCGCAGCGAGCCGCACAACUACUACGGAGAGUUGCUGCUCGACCAGCAGCGGUUCUCGGAAGCAGUUGACAAGUUCGACCGUGCGAUUGAGAUUGAGACCGAACGCUCGAAACCGCCGCCUGUCAACGUUCUGCCCCAAGUGAACAAGGGUCUUGCAUUGUACCAGUGGAAGCAGGACGUCGGAGCGGCAGAGCGGUGCUGCCAAGAAGCGCUGCGAGUCGACCCGGAGUGCGAGGCUGCUGUUGCGACUCUGGCGCAGCUCAGCUUGCAGCAGGGCAAGAUCGAUGUCGCGAUGGAGAUGUUCGAACGCCAAGCUGACCUUGCGCGGAGCGAGCCGGAGCUCAUGAACGCGCUGACGUACCAGUUUGCGACGAGGGCACAGGUCGAGUUCAUGAAGAACUACCCGGAGAUGGCUGGGCAGCUGAACUCGAUUGCGCGGAGCAUGAUGUGAGGGUAGUAGUUACGUUUACGAUGUCUCGAGGCGAGGUGCUGCCCGGGGACGAGCAAAACUGCACGGACUGUGUCGCGUGCUAUGCGAUUUCCUGUUUACAUCUACAUAGUCUUAUAAUGAUAUCACCAUCGCUCACA